UUCAGCUGCAAGUCACAGUAAAACUGCUUAAACCUUUUCUGUGACUGUGACAGAAGCUGGAUAAUCAAUGAAUUUAGAAUUACAGUUAAACACAGUUUAUCUGAUGUAAGCUGUCACAGUAGGGCACAGUUCAUUGCAUUUGCUGUUAAUUUGACCUCUUAAUUACAUUUUAAUGGCAUUUUGAUGGCCGUGAUUACAUUUUUUGUCUCUCAAGGUCUAAAGCAUUAAAUUUCAUUUAAAAAAGUGUGCAGCAGUGUUAGCUUAGCUUAGCAUAAAGACUUGACGGGGGAGAAUUUAGCUUGGCUCUGUCCAAAGCACUUGAGGGGUUAUGAGCUCUGGGAGGAGCUCUGUGUGCACUAGAGACUUAACACGCCCCCACCCAGCAGUCCAGUGAAAACGGUCCACCUGCUGCUGUCAAUCCUACAUUAUCCUUUGCCUGAAGCAACUGUCAUCCCAAAAGAUCCUGAUGGCCAGGCCAGCUGGGAGCCGGAAGAAGAAUGAGCAAAUGGUUCCAGGCUGAAGUCAAAGUCAGAAGCUUCUCAAUUUGCUCUGUCCCAAGUCACAGAUCGGACAAAAGUUAUUCUGCCUUUUAAUAUCAUCUGAAGAAUAAACACAAAUAUGUCGGACGACAGAGACCUCGAGGAGCUUGAUGAAGAGGAUAUUGAUGAGGAUGAACUCCUUGCUAUGCUUUCACCAGAGGAGCUUAAAGAGCUCCAGAGUGAGAUGGAUGUUAUUAUUGCCCCAGAUGAGAGGGUACCGGUGGGACAGAGACAAAAGGACCAGACGGAGAAGCCUCCGACAGGGACGUUCGACCACAGAUCGCUGGUUGGUUACCUAUACUGGGAGAAAGAGUCCAAACGUAUGCUUGAAGAAGAAAGAGUGCCUGCUACUCUGCUGCCAAGUGAGAAAGCUUUGAGGGAGGAAACAAACAAAGAGGAAGAUGUGGAAUAUGAAGUGAUAGAGGAAGUAAUUGAGGAAGAAGCAGUUGAUGGGACAGAUGGAGAGGAAAUUAUAGAGAUCAUUGAGGAAAUUGUUGAAGAGGUUGAUGAGACGGAUAAAACAGAUGAAAAGGAAAAAGCUGUUGAUGUUAAAACUGAGGAAGAGGUGAAGCCGCCUGUCAACACAGACAAACCUGAAACUAUAGACAGACAUGAAGAUCCUCCAGACACUGACAUUGAAAAAGUACCAGAAAACAGAACGGAUGACAAUCAGUCUUUGUCAGACACAACGGAGACGAGUGAUGCCCCCAAACCCAGCACAGCACAAGCUGAAGAGAAAGAGGAAAUUAAAACUCCAGAAUCAUCGCUUCCCAAAGAGGCUCCAGAGAUAAAUGAAACCCCUGAUAAGCUCCCUCAGAAAGAAGAGAAAAAAAUUAACAAAUUAAAAAUUCCAAAUCUGGCACUCAAUAAUAUAAAAAUGACGUCAAGACCCUCAGGAAAUGAGACAAACUUGGAGUCGACGCUCGACAAAAUGCGCAACAACAAUCCCUCUGUCACUGAAGUAAACCUCAACAACAUAGAAAACAUUCCCAAAGAGAUGCUCCUAGACUACGUCAACGCCCUGAAGAAGAACAAACAUGUGAAGACCUUCAGUAUAGCCAACACUGGUGUCGAUGAGAACAUAGCUUACAGCCUGGCCAACAUGUUACGAGAGAAUCGCAGCAUUACGACUUUGAAUAUUGAGUCAAACUUCGUAACGGGAAAGGGCAUCGUCGCCAUCAUUCGCUGCCUCCAGUUCAACGAGACUCUCACGGAGCUACGUUUUCACAACCAGAGGCACAUGUUGGGUCACCACGCAGAGAUGGAGAUCUCACGCCUGCUCAAGGCCAACAACACCCUCCUGAAGAUGGGUUACCACUUCGAGCAGCCAGGGCCCAGGAUGGUGGUGACCAACCUUUUAACCAGGAACCUGGACCGCCAGAGGCAGCUGAGGAAGGAGGAGCAGAGGCAACAGCAGGUGAAGGAGCAGAAGGAGAUGAUGCAGAUGUAUGAGAACAGUCUAAACCUACCUCCUGGUUUACUGGAGAUGCUCGGGUACAUACCCACUCUAGAACUCCUGCAGCAGCAUGGGCUGGUGCCGCCCUCGCCAGAAAUGAGCACUGUACCAGAAAAACACCAGCAGACAGAAAGGCCAGAGCCUCCAAAGCAGCUCAAACACAACAGCGCUCCCAACAAACAGCCCAGUGCAGAACCAGCAAAGUCACUGAAGGACGUCCAGCUGAAGAGGACUCCCAAGAAACGGGACCCUUUUUUGGACCUGGACCCGAGGGACAACAAGAGACCCGAGAGGGCAAGUUUCCAACUGAGGAAGACUCCAAAAGUGAGGGAUGCAAGCCUCGCAGACGUGAUGAGUGAAAAAGCAAACCUGACUGACGUGAUUAAGACUUUGAAGCCCGUCCCUCGCAGACGAGAGCCGGCUAAGGUUGACCCCACGCCGCGUGAUGAGCUCCUUAGCCAGAUCAAAAAGAGCAACGUGGCCUAUCUCAAAUCUGUGCCACUCCCUAAAGUCCUGGAAUCAAGUGAAACAAGUCUCCUCUGAGGCUGCAAGAUCAGCUGUUUGUUUUCUUUACCAUACUCAAUGUUUAUUUUACACGUAUUGUCGGAUAAAUUGUAAGAAGUAGGAGUUAACCGUACCUUCGUUACACAUAAAUAUACUCUUGUAUUAUCACUUUGAAUGC